AAAACUGAAGAAUGGAAAGACAUUCAACUCCAGUUUCAAAAAUAUGGCAAAGCAAUAAAGGAAGGGAUUCCAAAUGUUAAUUGUGGAAUGGCCCUGUGGUCAUUGCACAAUUAAUUUUUUUAUUGCUUUGCUAUAUUUUUGUAAUUAUUAUAGAACAGCAUUGAAAUGUAUUCAUAAAAAUGAUGAAUUGAAGAAUUGAUGCAGAAAUGAAGACUAAAACAAAAUCACAUAAACAAAGACAAGUUAUAGACAGGAAAAAGAAACGUGACAAGAGAAGUAAUGACCUGAGUAAUCCUACCUUGAAUACAGAUUCUACUUCUUCCACAAAACCAGACAAUUCAGUGAUAAAGAAACGUGACAAGAGAAGUAAUGACCCGAGUUAUCCUACCUUGAAUACAGAUUCUACUUCUUCCACAAAACCAGACAAUUCAAUGAUAAAGAAAGAUGAAGCUAGACCUCCUGUAGAAGCGAAUCCAUCCAAGUCUGAUUCUAUUUCCAAUGCUAGUCUUUCUCAAGAAGCAACUCAAUCAAAGUCCAGUCUUAAGGUUCCUAGCGAAGCUACUAUAUCUAAGUCUCACUUCACUACAAAGAAAGUUCCCUCCAAUGAGGCUACUUUCGCCAAGUCUUAUUCUGCAGUUAACUCACCAGGACCUCAAUCAACAUCUUGCCUCACUGUAGGUAAUGUCAUAGAAGCUGCCAAGACAAUGUCUGAUUGUUCAAUUCUCUGUGAUGACUGUGAUGACAGUAGCAAUCAAAUGUUUGCGCAUUUCCCCUUACAGAUUAAGCAAGAAUUUUUAAGACAGUCGAGAUUAAAAAAAUCUCAGCUUCAGUCAUCAGCUUGUAAAAGAAAUAUUAGCAAUGAGAAGAACAGAAAAAUGGACAAAUUAAGAAAAAGAAUAUGGAGGGAAUCAGAACUGUUGAAGAAAAAUGAGAAUUGA